AUGAGAGAGAUCAACGGACAACGGUGCAUCUUAGCAAUUCCCUUGAGUUUAAAAAGCAUUCCAGAUGAGUUAACAUGGGCAUAUUCUAAAGAUGGGCUAUACUCGGUGAAAAUCGCUUACAUGCUAGGUAAAAGGGGCAAUUUAGAUGAUUUUCAUAGAGCGUGGGGUAUUAUAUGGAGCUUGGAGGUUUCACCCAAAGUUCGGCAUUUCUUGUGGAGGAUAUGUACCAACUCUCUUCCUGUGAGAGCAGCUCUUAAAAGGCGGCAUGUGACGGAUGAUGAUCGCUGUCCAAGAUGUUCGUGUGAGGAGGAAUAUGCCCAGCAUGCAUUCUUUGAUUAUACUCACGCUAUUCAGCUCUACGACUCGGUGGGGUGCAAAGAGAUAGCGAGAAACAAACUUGUGUUUGAGAAUUGCUCACUACCCCUUGUUGUAGUUGCACUACGUGUGGGGAGGCAGGUUGAUGAAUUCAUCGAGUAUACAACUAAUAACUAUGGUGGUGAGCAACAACGAGUGAUGGCAAGUUCAUCUCGUUGGUUGGCGCCUCCAAAUGGAAUUGUCAAGCUGAAUUCAGAUGUAAGCAUUGGUGAAGAUGGAUGGAUCGGGCUUGGGGUCGUGGCUCGUGACUCACGUGGCAAGAUCCUAUUUUCGGUUGUGAGAAGGAUUAAAGCAUAUUGGCCUUCAGAGGUAGCUGAGUGUAAAGUCGUUCAUAUGGCAAUUCGGCUUGCAAAGUCACGGGAUGCAGAGUGUAGUUAUUGGAUCUGA